CCCACAUGCCAAAAGUCACACACAGGAAGUCUGCAGCCAUCCACCACAACGUCGACGACAACAUCGGCAACACCUCCGCCACUGUCGUCGCCGAUGGAGGAAAGACUCUCUCGAAGGAAUGUGAUGCUGACAUCUUCGUUGACCCUAUGCUCGGCGGACCUCUUCCGAUGUUCGUUGAGCGCGACGUGUCAGACGCGCCCAAGCUCAUCGAUCUCAUCAUGAAACACGGCGGUCAGGUGUCGUCCGGGUACAGCAACGUCAACUACAUCAUCGUCAAUCCUCUCAGCAACUCGGGCAAGAACCUCGCCCGUCAGUAUGCGGGUAAGAAGGGCAAGGUCGUCCUUGCCAGCAACUGGAUCACCGAGUGCAUACGCAAGGGCGAGCUACUGACGUUCAAGAGCGAUUGGGCGGGCUUCAGGCUGGAUGGGUAUGAUAGCAACGAGCGCCCUCAGACGGCGGCCAACAUCCUCUCCAGCGUAUCGCGCCCUAUGGAGCCUAUCGAUACACCAGUGACAGUGCCCCCAAGGGGAAAGAAACGGCCUCGGCAGUCCGAGCCCGAGGUGCCCGCAGUGCCUCCCCCCCCUCUCCCACAAGCGCCCUCUCCCUCUCUCCCACCAAACGUCUACCCUCUCACUGUCUCCCAGAUCGCAACCCAGCAGCCUCUCGGCAGCUGGCAGCUCCCGCAGAACCUGCCUCCCCCGGGUAUGGCGCCCCCGCCUAUGCAGCGCAUGCCGGGCUACCCGCCUGGUGCUAUAGCCCCGCCCCCACAGAUGCAGCCGGCGACGCUCAGGCCUCCUUGGGAGACGUUUUCCGCUCCACCACCCCCGGGGUAUGCCUUUCACUAUCCUGCGCCUGGGCACUGGGAUGAAAAUCCGUAUUAUCCUCAUUUUCAGGCACCUCCGCCGCCUCCACCUGCUUAUCCGCCUGAAGAGGCAUAUGUUGGUCAGCCGUUCACCACGCCUCCGUCUGACGCUGCGGAGCAUGAUGCUGCAGCUGAAGUCGAGCGUGGAAGGUCGAUACACCGCGCGAGCCGGACGUCGACUUCGCGCCAGUCUAUCGCACAAUCGGGUGCUUCGCGCACGUUCCGCAAGCCUCUUGCGCGCUCCCCCACUCCGCCAACGCGUAUCAUGAAAUCGACAUUUGGAGGCAACCUCUUCACGAGCGAGGAUAUCCUCUACCUGAAGAAGUACAUCGAUUACUGCCAGCAGCAGGGGCUCAUCCUCUCACUGCGCGAGAUCUGCGAGCGUCUUGCUAUCCGCGCGCCGCACCAUACGUUCUACAGCUGGCGGAGGUUCUGCAACAAGCAUCAGAUCAAGCUCGGCGCGUACGAUAUGAGCGUGUUUAAGGCUAGUGUGGAGCCUGACGUGGACGGGGAGGAGAGCGGGGAGAGCGGGCUGGAGCGGGACGGCGAGGAGCAGGAUGAUGACGAAGAUGAGGAAGUGAGGAACGCAAUACUUGGGCCUACGCCUAUCCUUUCCCCCCUUGCGCCGGGCAGGGGCCGCACGGUCCAGGCCCCUGCUGCAUCGGGGUAUCUGGAACAGUCACGCGAUCGGAGUCCCACCCCGCCGAAGACGCUCUAUCGCUCUACCACGGGGAAAGGCGUCGCUUUUACCGAGGAGGACGUGAGGUAUCUCCUUAGGUACCUGCAGUAUGCGCAGGGACAGGAUAUGGUCCAAGUCUGGAGGGAUAUCGCUCUGAAGGCACCACAUCAUUCCCGCGCCUCGUGGAUGAAAUACUGGCGUCGCCACAAACACGAGUUCGACACUGACCGGCCCCCCACGCUCCCCCAAGCUGGACCAGAUGAGCCCGCAACCAAGCGCCGCCGGUACGACAGGGAAGACGACAUCAAGCUUGCGCGACUUAUGCUGGGCAAGCCUGCGGGAACGAGCGACCAGAUCUUCCAGUCGUUCGCGAUGCUCCCCGAGAAUGCGCAUCAUCCGUGGAAAGGAUGGCAGGAACAUCAUAGGAUUCAUAAGGCGAAGAUUGACCAUGUUUUGCAGCAGAUGGAGUUGGGCACGUUUAAGGACUGA